AGCCGUUUCUGUGUGGGGUUGGCUCGUGCGCGGCGCAGCAGCCUCUGCCUUUCAGUUUCCCUUCAAAAGGAGUAAGCGGCGUCGUGCCUUGGUCGUUCGGAGAUCGCCAGCAGUAGUGCUGGGAACCGAAAAACCACGAAGUUCAUGCUCACUGGAUUUUCAGCAGCUGCACCCGGCGACUAUAUCCCGGUGCACUCGCCUGCGCGAUUGGCUAUGCUGAACCGACGCCGGAAAGGCACGCUUUCGCUCUAGCCUCGAACAAGCAUGGAGGAGCAAAAGCACACUGCUGUGGGGGAGGAGGAAGACCUGGCUCCGGGCGCAUCCUUCGGUGAGCUAGGUGAGGAUGGACUGCCGCUGGAACGAUGGCUCAACGACGAUGAAGGUCCGCUGGUGUUUUACCGCGUAAACUCGCAGGUGCUGGCCCACUACAACCCGGAUCGACCAUUAAAGCUCUCCUGUGAGGCAUCGCAGUAUGUGGACAUAAUCUAUAAGGCCAAGAAGAAGCGUCCCAAGAUGGUGGGCCACUACCUGAUGGGGGACGUACUUGGUGAGGGCUCGUACGGCAAGGUCAAGGAAGUGCUCGACUCGCACACACUUUGCCGCAGAGCUGUCAAGAUCCUCAAGCGGCGCAAGCUGCGCAAGAUUCCCAAUGGCGAGCAAAACGUGCAUAGGGAGAUCCAGCUCCUGCGUCAGCUGAGCCACCGCAACGUCAUCCAGCUGGUGGAGGUUCUGCACAGUGAGCAGAAGCAGAAGAUGUACAUGGUGAUGGAGUACUGCGUGGCCGUCCUGCAGGAACUGCUCGACAGUGCCCAGGGACACCGACUGCCCCUCUGGCAAGCACAUGGCUACUUCUGCCAGUUGCUGGAUGGGCUGGAGUACCUGCACAGCCAGGGCAUUGUCCACAAGGACAUCAAGCCAGGCAACCUACUGCUCACAAACUGUGAGACUCUCAAGAUCUCCGACUUGGGUGUUGCUGAGGCACUAGAUCGCUUCGCUGUGGACGACACCUGCCACACAAGCCAGGGUUCUCCUGCCUUCCAGCCGCCGGAGAUUGCCAAUGGCCACGACUCCUUUUCCGGCUUCAAAGUGGAUGUUUGGUCAUCGGGUGUCACCUUGUUCAACAUAACGACGGGCAAGUACCCCUUUGAGGGGGACAACAUCUACCGGCUGUUUGAGUGCAUUGGCCGAGGCAAGUUUGAGCUUCCCCCCGACGUGGAGCCCACCCUGGGUGACCUGCUGUGUGGCAUGCUGCACAAGGACCCACAGGCACGCCUGAGCCUGCAGCUGGUGCGGCGGCACGACUGGGUGCGUCGCAAGCCCCCCCGGUUUCUCGAGUAUGUCGGCAUUCCUGACCGAAGCAAUGGGAGCAACCCCCUGCGUUCCAUGACUGUGAUCCCGUACUUGCCUCUGCUUCAUGGGCGGGUGCCAGGGGCCGAGGGCGGAGAUGGCAGCCAGGGAGAAGAGGACGACGAUGACUCGCAGGAGUAUUACACCGAGCACGACCUCCAGAAGCUGCGGCAGCGCAUGGACGAGAGCUACAGAGCCAGUGUGCCUCGGCGAGGUUUCCUGAACCGUUCGCGUGUCUUCAGUGGCUGCCAGCCUUCCUGAUCAAUAACGCUUGCUUCCGGCACACCAGACCUGGCUGGAUUUCCUUCCCUGCUGAUGUCUUUGUGAACAUGAUGUCAACUGCAGCACGUGUUAUACCCUUCCCCAUGGCAGAAUCCUUCCUGGUGAAAUAAUGCGAAGGUGCCAGAGCAGAUGGGUACCCAAUAAAGUGAUGUGGUCCUUA